GUGCGCGUGCAUUUACUUGUCGAUACAUGCAUCAGGCAGAAUCCACACAAGUCACUCAUAGCAGGCAGCCAGUCUUCCCUCUCCGUGGCUCAGUCGGGAGGCACAGAGGGCUAUGCAGGGCAUCACACCAACGGCAGUACAUCCAUCUAGCAGUCCACUGACAUGAGGACAUUCUUAAUUACACACACACAGACAGCAGGGAGCGACAGCCACCGACUUACCGAUGUACGUAAUGGUACAUCCGUCCGUCCGUCCGCACACACCGAUAUCGACAGCUGCACCAUGAAUUCACUCUGUACACGGCACACAUCACUGAUGUGUGGACCGAUCCGAUGGACCGAUCGACAACAGCGAGCGAGUGAAGACAAAAGUAAGUAUUACGGACAUUAUGUGGGGGUGCGUGCGAUGGAUCGGAUGGACGUGUGUGUGCGUGAGUGAAUGUGUGUGGGUGUGUGUGUGCGGGGGGGUGUCUAGCCACAGUCUAGGUCAGAGAGUGUGUGUGUGCGUGCGCGCUCAUGUAGGCAUCAAAAUCUGACAUAUGAGUACACCUACUCUACAGGUAGCCAGGACAAAAAUCGCCCGCGGCAUUAUAGUAUCCGUAGACUUGUGUACCAGGGGUCGGUCUGACUGCUGCGCGCCCCGUCAAGGCGGCCAGGAAGACAGACCGACCGACCGACAAACCACCCAAUUGCCCAGUCUCGUUAACCAUCCCACACAUACAUCCAUCUGCAGUCAGUCAGUGUACGCAGGAAGGCCCUUGUGUUGGUUGAUGGGCUGUCCGGUCCUUUCCUGUUCUGGGGUCGUGCUAACAAUCCCUCCGUGCAGUGAGCCUGGCCUGCAAUGCUCGUUGCAAAGCAGACGCGCUGCAAGGAUGGCGUGUGAUGUGGGCCCCAGAACCAGCCGAGCCGGGCCGAAAAGAAACCGAUCUUGCUAUGCUACAUCAGUACGUGUGUGUACCCUUAUGCAAUCGCCCGCCUCACUGCUGCACAACACACGUGCCAACCCAUCCCAUGCAAUGCCAUGCCAUCGUCAAAUCAAUUACACGCAGCGAAAUCAAGCGAUAAAACGAAUGCAAUCAUAUCAUGCAACAGGGGAGUCAGUACACAGCCCUCCCUCGCUCCCUGGCUUAGAUGUGGAUGACGUGCUGCUGGUCGUGCGCACGAAGCGACGGGGCGGUCUUGGCGGCCGGCUUGAAGGUCUUCUGCCGUCGGUCCAUGAGGCUGUCGACAUAGGCCAGCAUCUCUGGUCAGUCAGUCAACACACCACACCCAACAGGCAGCGUGAGCAACGUCACAAUAUGCAUGACGGCCAUUCCGUCAUCUCACCUAUCGUGUUAGGGGUGCCGAGGCCGGUCACGGGGUCCCAUCCCUUGGCCGCAUAGAAGCCCUGACCAGGGACAGAGAACGCAGAGGAGACACAUGUGGAUCGACGCGAAGCGAUGGACGGAUGGCUGCCAUGUGUGCAUUGCGGCUGACCUUGCAUGACUCGCGGCAGCCCAGCUCGGUGCACACGUUGUCGCCUAGGAGCACGUCGUUGUAGGCCUUCGGGUGCUCACGAGCCAUUUGGUACAGCAACGGGUUGAUGAAGCCCAAAGGCUGCACACGCACACACACGCCAUACAGCAUCCCUCCCUCCCUCUCUCCCUCCCUGUCCCUCCCACCGUCCCCUGUCUGGCUGUCUGUCUGUUCCAACCUUGCCCGUCUUCUUAUACGAGAGAUCGUUCAAGUGCGACACCACCCCAGCAAUGACCGGUGCCGAUGCGCUGGUGCCGCCCGCCGUGCUCCAGGACCUGUCGUAUCGGAUCAGGUAGUUGGUGCCGAACGCGGAGAUGUCGGGGUAGCCACGGCCCUCGGGAUUGAAAUACGAGAACGGCGGCACCUCGGAAUCGCCGGAGAGGUAGUUCGCGAUCUCUGGCUCCUGGUACCUGAUGUGUGUGCACAGUCAUUUGUGUGGGUGAGGGGAUGGGUGGCUGGUUGGUUGGUCUUACUUGGGUGUGUUGCUGAACACCGAGAAGCCCCCGCCAGAAGUGAAGCCGGCGUUCCUGUAGGAAACGGCCUCCUCAGUGCCAUCUGGACGCACACACGCAGCCAAGGGGACCGCGAUGAAGUCACAUGCAUCCGACCCCAUCAAGGCGCAGUCGGCAGCUCACUUGCAUAGCACACGAAUGGGCCCUCCUUACAGACCGGCGGGGCACCCUCAGUCAGGUUCAACGUCUGACAGAGACACACACACAUUCAGCCACACAAUAGCACGUGGCAAGAUCAGAUCGCCGCCCUUGGUCUCCUUCCUCUGCGUUACGUACGUAGUUGUGGAACUGCGUGGCCCCCACGCUGGUGACGGCGGGCGAUGCCCCAGGGAAGGUGGGGUGGAACUGGGGGUCGUGGCAUGUGUAGUCGGUGCGGCCGUUGGCUCCGGAGUCGCCCGACGAGACGAUCAGGGUGACGCCUCGCAGACCGAUCUUCAUGAACUCGCUGUUGACACGACUGACGUACGUGCGAGCGUCGCCGCCCACGAUUUGGCAGCCCUGCAGUGGAUGGAGAAGGAGAGCCUUGUGAAGGCAUCCGUGUGAUGAGAUGAAUGGUGUGUGUCGUCCCCCGACCUGUGGGUCGAUUCCUGCCGAGCAUUGCUGCACCUCAGACCAGCCCCACGAGAUCGAGACCACCUCAGGAACCGACCUGACACACAGCGACCGACCGAUCCAUCGUGUGCUCACCGAAGCAGAAGGCGCCUCGCUUUCUCUGGCCUGCGUGGCUCACGCAGCGUGGAAGAAGUUGUUGCUGAAGGUGAACAUCCAGCCACGUGUCGUCCAGUACCAGUCCUCGGCGCCCAUGCCGGCGGCGAUGAUCCACUGCACGUCAAGCGUGGCCUCGAUGUCGGGGAACUCGGGGUUGAAGGGGCCGACGAUGUGAGACACAUUGACGCCACUCAGACUCGUCUGCACAAAACCACAAAUGCUCCAUCACAAAGGCGCACGUUCUCCUGUCCCUCUCCCUUGGUUGCCUGUCUGUCCACCUACCUCAUUAAGGAAGUAGGCCAGGUCCUGCGGGCUGUAUGAGUUGUCGUUCUGGAACUCUGCGCACCCCUGCGACACCUUGCUGGUGGUGGGCUUCUUGGGAAUGUUGUAGAGGGAGUACAGCAUCUGCGGCACCACGAUGUGCCGCGCGUCGUCUCGCAGGAUGGGUCCGCCUGGCAGGCCGUAGCGGACUGUGUCAUGCUCCAUCGGGAAGUCCGACAAGCCCUAACAGAGCAGCCACGAAAUGUGAGCCCUUUGAAUGUGUUGUCGUCUGUUGCCUACCUCAAUGACGUCGAUGUGCUGCAGAACAGCCUUGGGGAUGGAGUAAGGGCCCAUCUGCCUGUGUGCAUACGACACACGAGAAGAGGAAUGUAACAAGCAGUGUCGUCGUGGAGGUUGAUCUGCAAUCGGUGAGGUGCACCUACCGCAGGAUGGAUUCGCCCCUCCGCUCAUGGGUGAAGAUGUGGACCUCUGUGCCAAACAGAUACUCGACCAAAGACACAGUCCUACACACACAGCCAUGUACCAGAUACCAAUGUGAUGCAUGGCUGCCGACUGCUUAUGUAUGUGAUAUUGACUGCCUACCCUUCGAAGGCGAGUGAGUCCCUCCUGGGGCUGAACGACAGCAGGCGCCUGCCUGCUGCGGCGGCUGUCACGGCUGUGUGCUUGAGAUACGACGACUCGAUCCAUUCCCUCACAGCUUCCAACACCGCAGGCCUAAACGCAGCACAAGUGACAGUGAACCCAGGUGCCUUGGGUAUGCAUUAUCAGGCGUACUCGGGAGCCACUUUGUCGAGGAUCUGACAACGACAUGGCCAGAGAGAAGGGGUGAGAACGGCAGCAGGGUGGGACUCGUAUGCGUUCGUGGUACCUGAUCGGAUGAGAGGAAGUUCUGGUAGUUUGGUGACUGAGGGUCGGACACAUCAUAGAAGGUCUCUACGAGCCAGUCCAGGUUGCGCUGCUUUAGACCUACAACUCGAUGACAGCACCACACGGAUGGACAUGCAGAUGCACUGGAAUGCCUGCUGCGGUGCGUUCCUUCCUCCCUCACCGAUGAGCAGUCUCAUUUUCUGUGCCGGAUGCGCACGCGACACCUGCUUCCAUCCUGGCGGGGCUGACGUACGACGAUACACUACGACCUGCACACACCAACCAGCCAGCAGAGCGAAUGCACACGGAUCUUGCUUCCCUGUGUCGUUCGUGCAGUUGCGCGACCUGAUCAAUGACGGGAUUCGCCAAGUUGCCAGCCAGCGUGCAGAGCACCGUCAGGACGGACAGCGCGGCACCCGACAUGAUGGUUGAGAGAAGUGAGCGCUACAGG